CGGUCUUCUCUUAUAUAGUCAUAGUCUUUGAACCGAACGAUAAUGGUGAUCGGUGGAAUGUCAAUAAAGAUUUGUUAUUAUGGAAUGUAUGAAUAUUUACCAUAACUUAUGCAGCGGUUGUUGGGUUUAAGUAAUAGUCGCCACUUAAAGAGAUGUUUGUAUGUUUGUGGUGAUUUAUAACGGCUUCAGAUCAGCUCGUGUGUCAUGUAGGUUUGCUUGUAACUUUAUGGCUUCGGGAUGUGGAAAAAAAUUUUAUUUUCUUUUGCACGAAUGAGUGAUUACACAGUUAGGAAAGAAAUAGACCUUUUAGUUUAAUUUCGAAUUAUCACUAGCCACGUAUAGGUAUUUGUAAUGGAACCGGGUGACUUCACAAAGUGUGCAUUCACGAAUGCUUGAAAGUUUUUUUUUUGGAAACUGUUGUUGCUGAAAUGGAUGUUGAUUCUCCUGCAAGUUUGAAGAGAUCGAGUAGCGCGCCAAUGAUAAAUGAACUCAGUACCACUAUGUCAUCAGCCACUACUACUGCAUCCACAAGGGACGCGCUGCCGUUCAGCGGCUGCGCGGGAGGCAGCGCGCGGCCCAGACGCUUCAGCGGCAGCUUCAGCCCCGUCCACGGCGCCGCGUCGGCCGGUGUGCCCCCGCGCCUCACGCCGCGCGUCAGCCAGCUGCGCCAGGAGGAGUGCGUGCACGUGGCGGAGCGCGAGGCGGCCCAGGAGCGAGAGCUGCACUCCACCAUGCAGAUGUCCCAGUCCUGGGAGGAGGGGCUCAACCUGGCGGAGCUGGGGGACGCGGCCGGCCGCCAGGAGAGGCGGGCGUCACGGGUGUGCGACCCGCUGCUCCUGAGCCUGCCCCCCUGCUCGCCGGCCUGCUCGUCGCCGUCGCCCACGCGCCAGGGCCUCGGCCGCCAGUGCUUCUCGCCCGGGGUGCAGGCGCUGCUGCGGACCAGCCCCUCGCCCAGCCCCACCCGCAAGGGCUUCUCCACCACUCGCAGCUCCAGCCCCAUCGCCAUGCGGCCCAGCUCGCUGGGGCCGGUCAAGCGCAAGUUCCAGCUGGACGACGACAAGGCGGGCGACCAGUACCUCUCGCCGCCCGCCAAGAGGCCCAGCUUCUGCGGCUCGGAGCGGGGCGGCGGCGGCCUGCUCAUGACGCACUCCGGCAGGCUGGACGCCACGGCGAGCCCGCUGCCUGGCUCGCUCAGCUCGGUCGGCACCCCCGAGUCCCUGUCGAGCGCCGACUCCCCGGGCUUCGCCUUCCACCCGGUGGACAGCCCCUCCCCGGGCCGGUCGGACGAGCCCAUGCAGGAGGAUCGACCGCUCGAGCUGCCCAAGCCGGACGAGGUGAUGUCCCAGAGCGCCGGCUAGGGGGCGCCCCGGGCCGCCCUCGUCGCAAACCUCUAGUCGGACUCCUUCGCUGUCCCCCCUUCCCACCUGACUGACCUGCGGUGUUCACGCUGCUCCGAACCAUGGUGUGUACCUGCGUGUCUGUUUCGCAAAGGCAGCGUUAAGGGCAUUAAGUGGCGUCUCGUGAAUUGCACACGUUAGAGAGUUACUAGCGUUUUGAUCUUGCCGUUGGUUUUCCGCCGGCGCACUUCAAAGAGGAACAAAGUUUGUGCAACUGUGCUGGUUUUUUUUUUUUUUGUCAAUCGCUGUUCGUUGUUGUCGUCUUCACGAGGUUCAGAUCUGUACAGAUGUAGUGCUACAGAUGUGUCGCGUGUCCUACUACUCCAUUGUUCUUACCCAUUGAGUGUAUGAGUGCAGUUUGUCAGAUAAAUAAUUGAAGUUGU